CAACAUUUGUGCCUAGAAAACCAUCAACACUGCAUUGCUAGACAGGAUGAGUGGAGAAGAGAAGCAUAGAGAAAUCUCUUCCGGAUGACUCAUGGGGGCGAAGAUCGUGUGCAAGAGCGGCUCUUCUGCUCUUCCCAUGAUCGAAGCAGCGGCUGGAAGACAAAGUGGAUGGCAAUAAGAGCACUCUGGACAACUGAGGAUAACAAGCAAGCUUGAACAGCAAAGCAAGUCAGUCAAGAAAUUCAAAUAUUUUCCAUUUCCUUCAGAGAGCCACACAGUUCUUCACCUUUAUCAGCAGGUGAGAGAGAAAUGAAAGAAAGUCAAGAAGAGAUUUCUAGCUGGGAAAUUUCUAGCAUAUAUUACAUGAAUUGUCAAGGGAGAUUAUUUUUCCAUCCAGCAAAAGGGGGAAAUAUCUGGAAGUUACUGGGGAAGAAAAAGACAAUUGGAAAACCACGUAGAGCAGACAAUGUGGCAGGCCUUGUUCUGGGAGGAAGAAAACGGCUUGAAACAAAACACCACCAAACAAAUUUGACAACAUAUUUUUGACAUUCUCAGGAAUAUUAGUUCUGGUAGAGCUCCAUGGACGUUCCUGUUGUGGGAAGGAUACAACUUGCAAAUCACAGCUGAUUAUGACUGAUAGGAUCCAGAGUUGGGAAAACCCAUACAAACACUCUGAAUGUGGCAAAACGUUUAGUAAGAACAACUCCAUUGUGGAUCAUGGAAGGACUUGCACAGGAGAAAAGCUUUACAAGUGCUCCCAAUGCAGUAAAUGCUUUAGUGAGCAUGGCAACGUGGACUCACACCAAGGAGAAACCGUUUGAAUGUCCUGAUUGUGGAAAAUGUUUCAGUAACAAUUACAACCUGGUGACACACCAGAGGACUCAUACAGGAGAGAAACCAUUUGAAUGUCCUGACUGUGGGAAAUGUUUCAUUCAGAAUUCCAGCCUGGUUCAACACCAGAGGAUCCACACAGGAGAGAAACCCUUUAAAUGCCCUGACUGUGGGAAAGGUUUCAGUCAAAAUUCCAACCUCAUUGGCCACCAGAGGAUUCACACAGGAGAGAAACCAUUUAAAUGUUCUGACUGUGGGAAAAGUUUCAGUCGGAAUUCUAACCUCAUUGGCCACCAGAGAACUCACACAGGUGAGAAACCUUUUGAAUGUCCUGACUGUGGGAAAAGUUUCAGUCAAAAUUCCAACCUCAUUGGCCACCAGAGGAUUCACACAGGAGAAAAACCCUUUGAAUGUCCUGAUUGUGAGAAACGUUUCAGUCAGAAUUCCAGCCUUGUUCAACACCAGAGGACUCACACAGGAGUGAAACCCUUUGAAUGUCCGGACUGUGGGAAAAGUUUCAGUCAAAAUUCCAGCCUGGUUAAACACCAGAGGACUCAUACAGGAGGGAAACUGUACGAGUUUUCAGACUGGAAAAAUUUCAGUCAUACUUCAAGUCUGUUUCAACAUCGGAGGACUCACACAGGAGAGAAACCGUAUGAAUGUCCUGAUUGUGGGAAAUGUUUCGGCAAGAAUUCUAGUCUGGUUAAACACCAGAGGACUCACACAGGAGUGAAACCCUUUGAAUGUCCUGACUGUGGGAAAAGUUUCAGUCAGAAUUCCAGUCUGGUUCAACACCAGAGGACUCACACAGGAGAGAAACCCUUUGAAUGUCCUCAUUGUGGAAAAUGUUUCAGUCAGAAUUCCAGCCUGAUUCAACACCAGAGGACUCACACAGGAGAGAAACCCUUUGAAUGUCUUGACUGUGGGAAAUGUUUCAGUCAUAAUUCCAGCCUGGUUCAACACCAGAGGACUCACACAGGAGAGAAACCCUUUGAAUGUCCUGACUGUGGGAAAAGUUUCAGUCAGAAUUCCAGCUUGGUUCAGCACCAGAGGAUUCACACAGGAGAGAAACCUUUUGAAUGUUCUGAUUGUAGUAAAAGUUUCAGUAAUAAUUCCAACCUGAUGAAACACCAGAGGACUCAUACAGGAGAGAAACCUUUUGAAUGUCCUGAAUGUGGGAAAAGUUUCAGUCAGAAUUCCAGCUUGGUUCAACACCAGAGGACUCAUACAGGAGAGAAACCAUUUGAAUGUGCUGACUGUGGGAAAAGUUUCAGUAAUAAUUCCAGUCUGGUUAAACACCAGAGGACUCACACAGGAGGGAAACUGUAUGAGUGUCCAGACCGUGGGAAAGAUCUCAGUACUAGGGUUAACCUUUUAAAUCAUGUUGUUGUAUACAAAAGGGAGAAACCAUUUUAGUGCUUUGAGUGUGGAUGGUGCUUCAGGAAAUAUUCCACCCUUAUCGCAGACAGGAAAAUCCACAUGCUGCCCCAAGUGAUGAAUGUAGAGAAGGCUUGAAUUUCAUUUCUAGUGUCCCAUUGUAAGUCCAGCUGAGAAAUUGACUAUUUAAAUUGAUUAAAUUCAAUAGAAUUUGCCUGAUAUUUUUGUAGGUAAAUAUGUAAUGGUGUUAGUUGGGGAAGUGGAAAGAAAAAAGUUGCAACAUAUUAUUUUGAUAAUGGCUAUCUGGCCUUCAGCAUAAGAAAUUGCUGGAUAUUUAUUUUUGUAGAAAUUGGACAAUUAGGUAUGUAAAAAUAUUUUCAAAAGUGUUUUUUGCAUUUUUUUAAUGGUAGAUAAUAUAAAUACUACAUGUCAGGAAUCCCAGCUUUUUCUCCCUGGGUGCUCCCAGGUUUUUCAGCCAGAAUUCUCCAGCCAGUAUCUCUCAGGGAUAGGAGCUAAAGGUACAGAUUGUGGCUCCUCCUAUAAGGAGAAAGUAAGAGAAGACAAUGGACGCCAGUUUAUUCACAAACAAAAGACCUUCAACACCAAUUAAUGGGAUUAAAAUUUGCAUUCCUCCACCCAAAUUCUAAGGACAGGAGGUGAUCUUUUAGCACACAAUAGCAUUAACCCACCACCCUUGAAAUCGCAAAAUACUUUAAAGCCCCUUCAUUGCACAAUCCUGAGAACAGUCCAUACUUCAAAUUCACAGAAGCCUAAAGCUCCAUCCACUCAUUUAACCAUUUUCUCAGCUUUCCCAGAGCUACAUGAUAUUGCUGGUUCUGCUCAUGAAUAAACAAGAAUCCUUUUCA